AUGCCAAACCAAGGAGGAAUGGAAGAGUUUGUCGAGCAUCCGUCUUUCAGGAUGCAAGACCAGGUACAACCGUUGCAGGUUGAUAGUCCUACCCCGCCAUUGGCCCAUGGGGUGCCAGACCAUGCUAUGGUGCAAGUUGGGAGCCCUGGCCUCGGCAUGGUGUCUGGGUUGCAGCAUCAGGUGGGGUUUGAUAGCCCGGUCCGGCAGAUUAUUCCUACGUCUCCAAGGAUGGUUUCCACCCCAAGUCCAGUGCGCGAGAUCACAAGGCGUGUGCAUCAAAUGGGGUGCCCAUCAGGAACUGUGGGGGUCCAAGCAUCACCAACCAUGGAGUGCAUGAUGCCAGCAGACCCUCUUGUUACUGCAAAUGCAUCAAGGGCAACCGUGAGCCAUCAGUUGUUAGCGUUGGGAGAGCUAGAGUUUGUUCAGAUUUUCAUGAUAUAUGUCUAUCUUGCAGGUAAGAAGAUAGAAGAUGUGGGUGUACUACAUGAGGACUAUAUUAGGUCCUUGAAUUCACUGCCCAUGGAUCGUUUUGAGUUGGAAAUAUGGAACAAAUUUGGUCAUGAGUUUCUAACAGAGUGUGACAGGAGACAGAAUCUUGAUUGGGACCCAAGCAAGACAAGAGUGUACCAUUGCCAUAUUGAGCAAAGAGGCGAUUCCAUAGUUACGGUUUUCAAGGGGCCAUAUAUAGAGAACGCAAGGACUAGUCUACAGAAAGUUGUUGGGGACGACAAUGUUCUUGUUGUGAACUUUUCAGAUAUAUCUGGGCACACCAAUGCUGGUGACAACUUCGAAACCGGCUGUCACUUUUACCAUCACGUUUUUGAAGAUGGCAUCAUCUUGGGUUUGCGUCGCUAUCGCUUUUUGAUUUACAAAGAUGGAGGGAGGGAAAGGAGAAUAAAAGCGGAAAAAAAGAAAGAGAGAAACAAGAAAUGCACUUCUUCUGUUAGAUGCUACUUUGUUCGCACCGAGUGUGACUGGGACAAGGGUGUGCCUUAUAUCCUCUCCAACAGAACAAUUGGUGAUGCCCGCAAGCUUUUUAUGCAUGUACACACUGUCCCCAGUGUGGCAAAAUAUGUGACCAGGUUUGGUUUGGUAUUGUCCAAAACUAUUACACUACUCGAUGGUGAAGACCUAUCAAAAAUUGACGUUGUAAUUGUUGAUGAUGUACCUUGCAAGGAUAAAAACGGAAGCAUUGCUCUCAAGCAUAGGGAGGCUUUGAUCCACACUGACGGGACUGGCCUAAUAUCAGAAGAUUUAGCUAAGAAAUGCCCUACAGAUGUAUUUAAGGGGAACCUUUUGAGAGUAAAUGGCGAUAGUGUGGAUUCAAAGGAGGAUCAAUUUGACAUCGAUGAUCAUCUUCCUGAAAGGACUAUCCAUAGACGACCAUCAAUGAUAAAAGUAAACUCAGAUCCUAGUUUAUCAGAUGGGCACUCCUUCAACUCACUGGAAAUUGUUUCAACGAGCAACCGACCCAAAAGGGCAUUGACUUCAAGGUUUUUAAUCACGCUGCUUCAAUAUGGAGGGGUUCCAGCGGAUUAUUUUAUGGAGCUUCUCGGGAAGGCACUAAAAGAUGUUGAGAAAGCUCGCCAUAAAACUAGAGAUUCCCUUGAAGUUGCAUUUAACCACGGUGACAUGGAUGAUUUAAUGUCUGCACGGAUGAUCCUUUCUGGAAUUCGACCAGAAGAUGAGGCAUACUUACAGCACCAGCUUACUACAAUGACCAAAGAGGAAAGAGAAGGAUUCAAACAAGGCAGGCUCCCUGUUGAUCAGUGUUAUUAUCUGAUGGGCACAACAGAUCCUACAGGGACACUAAAGCCCCAUGAAGUCUGUGUGAUAUUGGACCAUGGCCCCAUUUCUGGAGAGGUUCUUGUCUAUAGACAUCCUGGGCUGCAUUUUGGUGAUAUACAUGUCUUGACAGCCACAUAUAGUGAGGCUAUACAGGAUUUCGUGGGAGACUCCAAAUUUGCUAUUCUUUUUCCUGUUUCUGGACCACGAUCUCUAGCUAAUGAGAUGGCAGGUGGUGAUUUUGAUGGUGACAUGUACUGGGUCUCGAGAAACCCACAGUUACUGAAGUACUUCAAACCAUCGGAACCAUGGGAUCCAAGAAACCCUCCAAGGAAGGCUAAACAAGAGAAGCCUCAGGAUUAUGAUGAAUCCAAUCUAGAACGCAUUUUAUUCCGUGAAUUUUUUAGAAUUAGGUUUACACCAAGUUAUGUGCUGGGUGCAGCUGCAGAUUGUUGGCUGAUAUAUAUGGAUCGGCUACUGACAUGUGAAGUUCAAGAAGACAAAAAAGAAUGGGAGUCGAUAAAGGCUAAGAUGCUUGAAUUGGUUGACAUUUACUAUGAGGCUCUGGAUGCCCCGAAAAGUGGGAACAAGAUCACUAUGCCUCGUCAUUUGAGGGUUGAAGUAUAUCCACACUUUAUGGAAGGGAAAGGGUUUACACCUCCCUACAAUUCCACAUCAGUGCUGGGCAAAAUCUAUGAUUUAGCAAAGUCGCAUCAGCCUGAAGCAGUUCACCCAAUCAAUAUAACUCCGCUGACAUGCUUCACCGAGGAAGUAGUAGCCGAAGAACGCAACAUGUGGGGUCCCCGUUACAACGAGUAUCGGACAGCGAGCACAUUGCUAUUGGACCGUAAUCGCCCAAUCUCUAAAGAAGAGAAGAAGGCGAGGUUCCGGGAGCUGGACCAAAAAUACAAGCAGAUGCUGUACGACGCGGCGGAGCUGGAAGGGAGCCACAAGCACCUGUUCGCCGUCUACAGGGAGGCCUGCGCGAUCUACCAGCUGGUGUACGAGCACGCGGUGCGGUGCCGGUGCGACGACGAAGGAAGGCGUGUCGAAAGGUGCGGCUUCGCGUGGAGGGUCGCCGGUCGCGCGCUGUGCGAGUUCUACGUGAUCAAGCGCCGCGGCGACAGGGUGGUCGCCGACAUGCAGGUCCUCCGCGACGCCUUCAGGAAGGAUCGCGGUGCGUAG